UUGGUGAAAAAUUUCAAGCUAAGUCGAGAUUGGCACUGCUCGUUCCUCUGGUGAUUCAUGAUAAGUCCCAUGGAUAGAUUUCUUGGAAGAAUUACUUGUCUUCAUUGUUAUAAAAAAUUCCAGACAGAUUACCUGUUUUAGUUUCCUAGGGCAUUACUUCAAGUUUCAGUGAAUUGGGUUUUGUGCGGAAAAUGGUUGGGAGUUCAUGGGUUCAGGUGUCUACUUGCCCCACUGUGUUGCGCACUCCACAGUUGAUCUUCCAGGGUGAGUCGUCGCGCAAUUUCUGGCCAUAUAGACCGUCGAAGAAACUCGUUCAUGUCCGAGCGAGCUCAGCCGACGCAGGACAGAGUUCUCAGGCGCAGUCUUCUUCAGAGAGGAAGAACCCAUUUGCGGUUAUUAUGGAUGUCCCUGGAACUAUCUGGAGGCAAACUUUGCGUCCUCUUAGCGAUUUUGGGUUUGGUAAAAGGAGCAUUUGGGAGGGAGGUGUCGGGCUUUUUGUGGUUUCUGGGGCCGUUCUCUUCGCACUUAGUUGGGUUUGGCUGAGGGGCUUCUAUAUAAGAUCUCGAUUGAGGAAGUAUCAGGCGGUUUUUGAAUUUACUCAGGCUUGUGGCAUUUGUACUGGAACGCCGGUCAGAAUCAGAGGGGUGACCGUUGGCAACGUCAUUCGUAUCAAUCCCUCCUUGAAAAGCAUUGAAGCAGUCGUCGAGGUGGAAGAUGAUAAAGUAAUCAUACCUCAGAAUUCAUUGAUCGAGGUGAAUCAGUCUGGCCUUCUUAUGGAGACCCUGAUUGAUAUUACACCUCGGAAUCCACUUCCAACACCUUCAGUGGGACCUCUUGAUCCAGAAUGUGUUAAAGAGGGUCUAAUUGUAUGUGAUAGGCAAAAGAUAAAGGGACACCAAGGAGUAAGUAUGGAUGCAUUGAUUGGGAUAUUCACCCGUCUUGGACGUGAAAUGGAAGAAAUCGGUAUUUCCAAAAGCUAUGCAUUGGCUGAACGAGUUGCAUCUGUUAUUCAAGAGGCUAAACCACUCCUCCAAAAGAUAGAAGCCAUGGCGGAAGAUGCUCAUCCUUUGCUUGCUGAGGUUUGUAAUAGUGGUCUUUUGAAGGAAGUAGAGACUUUAACCAGAAGCUUGACGGAAGCAGCUGAAGAUUUGAGAAGGGUGCACUCAUCCAUCAUGACUCCUGAGAACACUGAGCUGAUUCGACAGUCUAUUUACACCCUCAUAUUUACUUUGAAGAACAUUGAGAGUAUUAGCUCUGACAUUUCGGGCUUCACCGGUGACGAAGCUACAAGGCGCAACUUGAAAUUGCUCAUCAAGUCCCUUAGCCGAUUAUUGUGAGGAGAAAGUGAAAGGUGGGCAUAGCAUUACAGAACAUACAAGAGUAAGUUAGAUGAUUUUAGGGGUCUCAUACACCCUGAUAUAAAAGAGGAACAUCAACUAUGUCACCAAGGCCAUCUGUUUGCAUAUUCCGUUCAGAGAAAAUAAGUGUCUCAGCUUCAAGUUGUCU